AUGUCAUCUCUACUCCCUGCGAAGUUCCCUUGCUGGUGCCGCGCAGUCUAUUCCUGGGGCGGUGAAACGGACCGAGACCUUGGGUUCAUCGAAGGCGACUUGAUAGAAUGCCUCAAUGCUGGAGACGGCUCGUGGUGGAUGGGAAGACUACUCAGAGACAGAAGAAUGAUGGGCCUGUUUCCCUCGAACUUCGUGGUUGUGCUCGAGGAAGAUUUCGUCCCAACUCGCCGAUCGGCCAGUCCCAUGCGGGAUUUACACAAGAGCAACAGUGGAAGCAAGACGGUGCAAGAGAAGAAGGAGAAAGCAAAGUCGAGGCGUCCGUUUAGCGGUUAUAAACAUGCGAAAUCUCCUUCAGUCAACAGCGCACCUGUACCUCAGCAAGCCGCACCAGUUUCUGCACCGGCGCCGCAAACGUACGACACACGAAACCCUCCAUCAACGGUCUUGUGGCAGCAGAGACCACCGUCCAGGGCCCCUUCAAGAUCACCAUCUCCCCUGCCACAUCAUGAAAUUGGCUCUUCACCCCCGCCGCCUCCACCACCCCACCGGAUCAUUGGAGGCAGAGCUGCCUCACCUGCACCACAAGCAUUCGACAUGAAUGAUCGAUACCAGACAUUCUGCCGCACUCCUUCCCCAGCACCACCCUCAGUCAACGGACACACUCCCCCAAUGAUUCGGAGUGCCAUAGACGAUGUCAUGUCCUCUCUCGAGGAUAUGACAUUAGUAAGAAACGAUUCUGUCCAGCAGGAGAAGCCAUUCAAUCCCUGGUCCCCCGAGGCUUUCGACGACUUUCGACGAUCUGAUGCUCGUCCAGGUCCCCGCCCAGUCACCAGUCUAGGGCUCGGUGCUGGUGGCAGCACUUUCUCCGAAGGACGCAUCAACUAUAGCAGUCGCCACAACAGCCCAGAUCGGUUUCAAGAUGGUCCACCUCGAUUAGAGAACUACGUCCAGAGAAUGGAGAGUCGACUGCGCCGUAUGCAACAGGCUCGAGAAGGGCAGGACUCAGAUGUACCGGACAGUGACCCUCCGGAACCACCGCCCAAGAAUUCGCCGUGGGCAAACUCUGCCAAGGCAGCUCGUCGACUAUCUAUGCGAAGAAGGAAAUCCGCCAUAGAUGUCGGUGAUGGUACUCUCUCAAGAGCCCUUACGCAGAAGACGAACUUGACCAACAACAGCAGCUCCAGUAGCGGAGCACAGAGUUCUGCGAGCACCGGGACCAACUUUUCGCGCCAAACAGCCAUGACUUCUCAAAGCAUUAUGAGCGGAUAUUCGGCUGGUGCAUUCAGUGCUACAAGUGCGGGAAGUCUGGCAAGAAAGAGAAUGGGCAGUCUUCGAGACCGUAUGGCUAGACCCAUGACUAGCACCGGCACCAGGGAUGAGCAAUGGAACCAAAUGGAGACACGACCAAAGACGCCAAACACAGGAACAUCUUUUCACGGGAACCAUGACACCAGACAAGGGGCCAAGUCAGCGAUCGGCUGGGAAGAUGCGAGUCGAGGUGCAAAUGGUGGGUUGGGGGGAUUCACGACUCCCAAAGCCAAAAAGCCAGGGUUCUUUAAGAAGUUAAUCGACAGUGCAAAGACCGGUGCUGCGAGCGCUAGAAGCACUAUCUCAUCCAGUCAAGCAGGAAGCACCUCUGGGUCGCCCACAAAAAUGACGGGUAUCGCUGGCGGAACCGCAUUCAAUGCGCCAGUAACCACUACUCAGUCGCACAGUACAUUCGGGAGGGAUGCUGCCAAAGAGAUGGGACUCGUCAGCGGAGCCUCUGGCUCAUAUAUUCUCACUCGCCGCGACGUCAAUCGAUCAAACACGCCAGGACCAUCAGAACGCCAAGAGCGAGCCGAUCGAUGUCAGAUGCUGGAUCAGCCUGUUAUCUGUCCAGUCGAAGAACUCUACGAGAAUCUCCAAGGAGACGAAGACGCCGAUGGACAACCUGUGUAUUCGCCGUUCCAGCUCAGCAAUCCAAGUUUCAGCCAGGUGGACAAGGCUGCUCGGUUCAUCACAAGCAUUCCUAGCAGCAUAACGGCAGGGGGCCUCGCGACGGGUUUCAUAUGCCGCCCAUAUCGAAGUGGCGUACAAAGAUUACGAGCGAUAUUUAUUUGGUGCGCCGAGAGAAUUAGCUGGGAAGAAGAUCAUUUUGACAGCUACUCUUUCAACAAGGCAGCCGAUACUAGAAGAGUCAUUCAAAGCAAACGGGGAAGCAGCAAAGAAGUCGCAGAGGUUGUGCUUGAGAUGUGCACUGCCAUCGGCAUUCACGCCGAAGUCGUGCACGGUUAUCUGAAAUCCCCUGGCGAAGAACUGGACUUGGAUGCGAUUGCUCGACCAAACCACUUCUGGAACGCUGUGCUCGUCGAUGGAGAAUGGAGAAUGAUAGACGCCAGUCUGGCUAGCCCGACGAACCCGAAAAGAGCAUUAUAUUCCAGCAUCAGCACCAGUAUCGCCGAAGCAUGGUAUUUCUUGACACGACCGAGCGAGUUAUGCUGGACGCAUGUUCCCGUUGAUGAACUCCAGCAACACAUGAUUCCCAGCAUCAGUCCUGACGUGCUUCUAGCCCUACCUGGAACAGGCCCACCAUUCUUUCGGCAGGGCUUGUCGAUGCACGCUUAUGACACCAGUAUUAUCAGACUGGACGGCCUAGAAAUGUGCACAUUCAGCAUCAAUGUCCCUCCCGAUGUUGAAAUUGUGGCAGAAGUGGAAGCCAGGAGAUACCUCUGCGACCAAGACGGCGACGUCUAUGAAGACGCCGACCACCUAACUAAGAAACGUGCUCUUGCACAACCAAGCUGGUACCGCACAGUGCCUAACACGGACAUGGCGCAGAAGCGAUAUGUGAUCAAGGCCAUCUUGCCAGGGGACGAAGGGUUCGCCUACGUCAAGGUCUACGCUGGGAAGAAAGGUCUGAUGCUUUCUUCGAGGGAUAUCGUGCAUCCCCUGGCUCUUGCAGUACCUCUGUACCACUCGGGCGAGAACCCAAGCUAUGAGUUUGUCAUGAGGCAUCCCACACCGCAUGCCACACGACAAGAUCUCUAUGUCGUGCAACCGCAAUGCUAUCGCCUUGGGGCGGGAGAGACAUAUGUCUUUUGCGUGCGGCAACACCCCUCGUCGAUCGCAUCUACGCCAGCGAACGAACAGAACGGCUUUGAGGUCCGCCCUGUCAGUCCCAACCCACUCGGACGCCCAGCGAGCGCAAUGAGCAUGACUAGCAGUACGACCGGUUCCAACCCCAGUGACUAUACCUACGGCAACAACGCAAACAACGCGGCUAGCGUCAAAGUCAAGGACAAGCCGGCCAAACUGGCGAUCCAGUCUCCCGGCGGCAAAAUCAUCAGGUUGAACCGUAAGCACGAGGGGAUACCGCAGCCUGCCAGCCUGAAGGAAGUGGAUGGUGAAGUUCUGGGAAGCUUUUGGGAGACCGCCGUCAAAGUCCAAGAAAGGGGCAUCUGGAGAGGCCUGGUCCUUGCGGAUCGGAGUGCCCGGUGGUGUGUUUGGGGAGAGUGGGAGUGCGUUUGA